GGCCGGAAGGGGCGGGCCGCCUGGCCCGGUUUCCUGGCGACGCAGCGUGGCGGGACGCAGCUUCUCCCGCUGCUCUGCUCCUUCCCUUCCGGACGCGUGAGCGAGGCUGUCAUGCCUUGGUUACUCUCAACAGCUAAGCUGGUUCCCGCGGUAGCAAGCGCCCGCAGCCUCUCAGGAUGCAUAUCAUGUUCACAGCGAAGGUACUCCCUCCAGCCCAUCCCAGAGAGGAAGAUUCCAAACCGAUACUUAGGCCAGCCCAGCCCUCUCACACACCCCCACCUCCUCAGACCAGAUGAGGAAACUGAGGCACAGAGCAGUGUAGUAGCUUCCCCCAAGUUACUCGGGGAGGUGACUCCAGGACUGUCCCAGGUGGAAUAUGCACUUCGCAGACACAAAUUAAUGUCUCUGAUCCACAAGGAAACACAAGGGCAGAAUGGGACAGACCAGACAGUCGUUCUGCUGUCCAACCCAACAUACUACAUGAGCAAUGACAUCCCCUAUAUUUUCCACCAAGACAACAAUUUCCUGUACCUGUGUGGAUUUCAAGAGCCCGAUAGCAUUCUGGUCCUUCAAAGCCUACCCGGCAAGCAGUUACCAGCACACAAGGCCAUGCUUUUCGUGCCUCGGAGAGACCCCAGUCGAGAACUUUGGGAUGGCCCACGAUCUGGCACUGAUGGAGCAAUAGCUCUCACUGGAGUGGACGAAGCCUACACGCUGGAAGAAUUUCAACAUCUGGUACCAAAACUGAAAGCUGAGACACAUACCCUCUGGUAUGACUGGAUGCGGCCCGCCAACGCGCAGCUCCACGCUGACUACAUGCAGCGCCUGACUGAGGCCAAAGCCCGGAGCAAGAACAAGAUUCGGGCUGUCCAGCGGCUGGUCCACCGCCUCCGGCUGGUCAAAUCUCCAGCUGAACUUGAGCGAAUGCAGAUUGCUGGAAAAGUGACAUCACAGGCUUUUAUAGAAACCAUGUUUGCCAGUAAAGCGCCCGUGGAGGAAAGUUUUCUUUAUGCUAAGUUUGAAUUUGAAUGCCGGGCCCGUGGAGCAGACAUCUUAGCCUACCCACCUGUGGUUGCUGGAGGUAAUCGGUCAAACACUUUGCACUAUGUGAAGAAUAAUCAACUCAUCAAGGAUGGAGAAAUGGUGCUGCUGGAUGGGGGUUGUGAGUCUUCUUGCUACGUGAGUGACAUCACCCGUACCUGGCCUGUCAAUGGCAGGUUCACAGCACCUCAAGCAGAACUCUAUGAAGCUGUUCUAGAGAUCCAGAGAGAUUGUCUGACCCUCUGCUCCCCCGGAACAAGCUUGGAAAACAUCUACAGCAUGAUGAUCACCCUGACAGGACAGAAGCUGAAAGAGUUGGGGAUCGUAAAGAACAUUACGGAGAAUAAUGGCUUCGCGGCUGCUCGAAAAUACUGCCCUCAUCAUGUUGGCCAUUACCUUGGGAUGGAUGUCCAUGACACUCCAGACAUGCCCCGUUCCCUCCCUCUGCAACCUGGCAUGGUGAUCACAGUGGAGCCAGGCAUUUAUAUUCCAGAGGAUGACAGAGAUGCCCCAGAGAAGUUUCGUGGUCUUGGCGUACGAAUUGAGGAUGAUGUAGUGGUGACUCAGGACUCACCUCUCAUUCUUUCUGCGGAUUGUCCCAAAGAGAUAAGUGACAUCGAACAGAUAUGCAGCAGGGCCUCUUGACCCCCAUUGCACACCACAAGCAUCUCAGGUUCAAGAAGGGCGCACGCUGGCAUCCGUGCACAUGUGCUUUCUGAGUGUCUGCGUUUUAUGUGUGCUCCAUUUGGGAGUUCAGCGGUCGUAUGAAUGUAUGUAGUUGUGUAUGUGGUCUUUUUUGUUUUAAGUUACUAGAAAUCUGCAAAAUAGAAUUUCUGUUACUGUAACUUUAGUGGCAUUACUUCUAUAGAAUUAAUGACCCAGGCAAGCUUAAUUUUUAAACAAAGAAAGAUCGGGUUACAUGUGUCCAUGCAUUCUAGUUAACAUAUUUAAAUGUAUAGAAAAUUCCUUUUUUCCAGGUCUUUUCCUUUCUGCGCUUUUGUUAAGACCCACCUAAUAUUGUUACGAUGUUUGUGUGAUGCUUAUAUUUUGAGCAAAUCACCAAGGUCUCUGCCUACACUAAAAGCCACCCAACAGUGAUUGUGUGUGGUCACUACAUACCUUCCAUAACUCCUGCCCACCUAUUCCAGAGCCUGCUUAUCUUCUGGAACCACACAAAGCCCUCGUGGGUACUGGUGUCCCGUGUUCUCACCGUUCAGCCACAGUCCAGAUUCCAGCAACAUUAGCUAACAAAGCAGUUUUGAGCCUCUCUUGUUAUGUGGUUGCCGAGGGCCUGGAAAGUAUUUUGAUUCUUGAUGAAAAAGGAAAUGGAAGAGAAAGAGAAGUGCAUAGCUGUCUGCUACAGAUCCAGUUCUCCAUCCCUCUGUUCUUAAUCCGAAGAUGAUUCCUUUCCCAGACAUCCAUGCUUCCUUUAGAGAUGCUCAAUGCCUGACCUCAUAGCGCGCCCUUGAGCUGCUGCCCUGGCCAAGAAGGACAGGUCCUCUACUUACCCCGUUAAAGUCAGAGGAAUGGCACCCAGUUUUCAGAAAGAUACUCCUGUUAUCAUUCUAUGAUUUCCUCUAGUGCUAACAGGAAAUAUAGUAUGGAACCCACCAAGAUCAAAUAUCCUAUGAUCCUUGUCUUUGUGUGACAGUAGCAUUAAAAGGGCAUAUUUCCCUCAACACAGCAUUGGAUGCAAUCAUACAAGAACUCACUUUGCAAAGUGAACAGCACUGGAUUAUUGCAGAUAAUAUUUGUGGGAGUUUCUGUCUAAAAGGGAAGCUUUAAGAAUUAGUGUGUUCCCCUCCUUUAAACCUGGGUAUGAGCCCAAGAUGUACAAAACAUGCUGAUUGUUACCAUACAUUUGUGGGUUUUUAAGAAAAUAUUUGUAUUCGUGAGGCACAAGCUAGGGGAUUAACACUCCCCACAGUGCUAAAGGUUUGCCCAUCUUAUCAGGAAAACCCAAGGUGCAGAGCCCAAAACAGACAGGCAGUGACUUCAUCAGGAGACAAAGAUAAUGUUGGAAACCAAAGUAAUACAAGUGUCCUGACAGUCCUGCAGCUGUGGGAAUGGAUGGAUGCACAGCUGGAGUCGUCAUCCCCAUGCCUGCCCUCCCUCCACCUUCUUAGUCCUGUGCUGCUUUCUAAAAGGAGGGGGCUAAAACCAAAUUCUCAGCUUGUGCUUCUCAUUCUCUGGGCCUCUGCGAACCCUUGAAUUGGGUUUCUUUUGUUCAUUUACAGUCCUGGAAUAAGGAAUUUCCUUUCCUUCCUGAAAAUCAUCUUCUGCGGCUUUCAACUUUUUAGCUGAACACCUAGGUGCCUUCUACGUAUAGCAGCAUACCGAGACACGAAACCGACUCCUUCCAGUUAGACUGCAGUCAGGUUCUGCAGCUGUUGCCAAGUGGUAGUUAGAAUGCCGUCGUGGAAUUCUGGUGACUUUUAGUUCCUGACCCAGGUAUCAUUGUCCUUUGAGUCCCAGAUUAACCACCACAGCUAAACCUGUCAAUCACACUAUCAGAACUAUCAAGAGAUGACACGGUGAUCCUCUCAGAGCAGUGUCUUAGGGUCCGUCUGGUGUAUCUAGGAUUCGAGAGUGACAGUUGUGCAGAGAGCAGGAAUCUCACCUAGUUUUUGCCAAACCACAGACACGCUCCACAUUUCCCUCCAUGUCUAAGUAUAAUAAAUACUUCACAUGUAUACCAAGCUCACCUGUAAUGAAAACCUGGAUUUAAAAAAAAUCUUUCGAAUGUUCCACUGGAAUUUUUCUCCUUGAAGUGAAUAGAUGAGGUCGCAUCUUUACGAUACAAUCUAAAUGAAGGUAGCUGAUCUACAUAGCCUCUGCCACAUACUUUUAUGUGUUUAUUUUAGGAAUCGCUAUUUUUCACCCUUUUUCAGGAAACACGAACUGUUUUUAUCUGAAACAGCAGUGGAAACGCUGGAAUAAAAACUCCUUUUCCCAAGUCAUAGUACCCAGGUUAGGGAGGUGCUUCUGAGAGUGACUUCAUUUUCUUUGUGUACGCCUUCUUUCAGAAUAUUAUUUUCUCAUUAAUUUUUAUAAGGUCAGAAAGGGAAAACUCCUACCAUAGAUAAUUAUACUGUAAUUGAAAUUAAGAUCCAUGAAACAAGUUAAAUCUCCAGAUUAAGACAUUGUAACUCAUUAAAAUAGAACAAUCGGACUUUUAUAUUUUUCAAAAUGUUCAUAACCAGUACCUUCUUCAGCUUUCUUAAUAAUAGAAAGAUUGCAAAUGAGACGCAUGAGAGCUGCCUCUCCCUCUCCUGUGUCCACGUCAGAGAUCACAAGUAAAGCCUAGCGACUGUCCCAUCAGUGCAGCUAUGGCCUCAGAGUCCUUUGUAACAGUGUUUCUGACAACUGCUACCAAUAAAACAGAAUAGGAGUUAGACCUUAACUGCCAUCCCUCAACCUGCAUGUAACAGCUGAUAAUGUAACUUAUUUGUGUGUGUAUAUUAGAAACUAAGCGAGGGCCGCAUAAAGGACCCUGCUUGGAAGAGGUUAUUAUGGCUUGGUUAAUUUUUUUUUAUUCUAAUUUUCUUAAUUUAAGCUGUUUGGGUUUGGUUUUAAGCCCAGGCUAAUAUACUUCAGGCUGAAGUGUUUAAUGCUCCUCAUACAAUGAGAAGAUGAAUACAUCAUGAAACCCUAACACUGGAGCAGAAUUCCACAGUCACAAAGCAUGUGGGUCCUCCUGACUGCUCUUCUUACCUCUGCCUUUGUGUCACUGAGGAACUUGGGGUGAGCAUCAGUAUUGUUCAGAUCAGGGUCCCCAUGAAAUCAGGGCCUCUUGGGGUGUGCUUCAUGAGGCUCUGAGAGAACUAGUCUUUGUUAGCAUUUCUUAAUGCUUGGUAUGACUUUUGUACAAUUAUAUAAAUUCAAUUUGGACAAAACGCUGUUACAUUUAAGGCUUUGCCCACUGAAAAUAAAUAUGUAAUUCCCCAACAAGGGAAAAGCAUUUGUUACUGUCAUUUCAAAAAUAAACUAUAAAAUGAUAUAAAAGUA